UAUAUAGAUGGUGGAUAUUUUUUUCGGAGCGUCUUCGACAGCCAUGUUUGUUUAGUUUUCAGUGGGGACGAAAAACGUAAGCGUUCAUUCCGUAUUUAUGUCAAAAAAAUUUAAAUAAUUAAGUGUAUAAUUACUAUUAUUAUCUAAUAAACAUAACUGAUAAUACAACAACAUGAUUGAUUGACAAUUUUGAAAUGUGGUUAAGAAGUGAACAUGUUGGUCGUCGGCUCCGUGGCCGCAUAAAUUCAACUUCAACAUUCAGGACGAAAGUAUCUGGACGAGUACAAGGCGGAGUACGUAAAGUACCAGCAGUAAAUAAUAGUAACCAGCGUGUCAAUACAUCCAGUAAAUGUGCGAGAUUGUCACGUUGGCGUCGUAGAUCACCAAGUUUAUUGAAAGAAGCUUGCAAAGAAAAUGUAUUGAAUUACAAAAAAUCACCGGUUAUAAGACAUGAAAGAUUACCACGUCGUCGAAAAUGUAUAAAACGUUCAAUGAUAACAUCAACACCAAUCCAAAGACAUUCUAAAAUUGAUGACAAAAGUAAUAAAAUAUCUUCAUUACCCUCAACAUCAUCACCAUCACCACCACCAUCAUCAUCAUCGUCUCCUCUAUUAUUACCAUCAUCGUCAUCAUCAUUAUCUUCAAUAAUAAACCCGAUUGCAACGACAAUUGAAACAAAAGAAAAUACAGUUUUGAAAAAUUAUCAAGAUGAUUCAGAAUUAAAACAUGUCAUCCAACAAAAAAAAGAUCAAGAUAUAUUGUCAUCAAAUAUACGUCUCAUAAAUGAUUUUUUACCAUCAACAAUUGAUGAAACAACAGAUUUAUCGGUUUUACUACAAGAUGAAACAAACUUGAGUCCAAAUAAUACUGACAGUAAUUCAUCUCAAGUAUUGUCAGUUGUUGAUAUACUGUCAUUACAUUAUUCAGCAAUUUGUAAUAAUACUGACAAUACUGAUGAUUAUUACAAUACGAUAAUGCAAACAACCACAACACCACCGUUAGCUAUCAGUCGUAAUUGUAAUAACGAUAAUUAUUCAUACAAUAAUAAUUACAAUGAUGAUGAUGGUGAUGACAAAAAUGUUAAAUCAAUAAAUUCUAAUGAUAAUGGCAAUAAAUAUAAUGAUUGUUAUAAUAAUGAGGAUAAAAAAUAUAUAAAUCAAGUUGGUAAUGAGGAAAUAAUUGUUGAUAAUUGUAACGGUAACGGUAAUGGUAAUGGUAAUGAUGAUGUUAGUGGGGGUGGUGGUGAUGAUGGUGAUGUUGAGGGUGGUACAGAAAUAGAUAAUAUGGUAACACAAGAAUCACAAGAUGAUUGGCUACCAUUUGAUCCGUAUGUGUUUAUAAAACAUUUACCGCCAUUGACACCAGCAAUGCGUGCGCGAUGUCCAGCAUUACCGUUAAAAACUCGUAGCUGUCCAGAAUUUAGUCUAGUACUUGACUUAGAUGAAACAUUGGUACACUGUAGCUUACAAGAAUUAUCAGACGCAGCUUUUAGAUUUCCAGUUGUUUUUCAAGACGUUACUUAUACUGUUUUUGUUCGUACACGCCCGUAUUUUCGUGAAUUUUUAGAACACGUAUCAAAUUUGUAUGAAGUUAUAUUAUUUACUGCCAGUAAACGAGUUUAUGCUAAUAAAUUGAUGAAUUUACUUGAUCCAACAAGAAGAUUGAUUAAAUAUAGAUUAUUUCGUGAGCACUGUGUUUGUGUUAAUGGCAAUUAUAUUAAAGAUUUAUCAAUUCUUGGUAGAGAUUUAUCUAAAACUGUUAUUAUUGAUAACAGCCCGCAAGCAUUUGGUUAUCAAUUAGAAAAUGGCAUUCCGAUUGAAAGUUGGUUUGCCGAUCGCACUGACAGCGAGUUGAUGAAAUUAUUACCAUUUUUAGAAAAUUUAGUACACUCGGGUGGUGAUGUUAGACCACACAUUAGAGAUGAGUUUAGAUUAUUUAGCUUUUUACCACCAGAUUAAAUUAAUAUCAUCAUUAAUAUUAUUAUUAUAUGAUACCGUUAACUUUUUUAUUUUUAAAUUUUACAACUAGUAACAAUAAUGAAAAUUAGCUGGUAAUUAAAUACAUAUCGACCCGAGCGAAAUUAAAAAAAAAUUUUUUUUUAAAUUAUAUUUAUUUUUAUUGAUUUAUGACAAAGAUAAUUACAAAUUGAUAAUUUUAGCUCAAAGCAUUGUUGCACAAGUUUCAUAAUUUAAUAUUUUUUAUUCAGUAUUUUAUCAUUAAAAAAAUAAAUUUUAUAUUAAAAAUAUUUAUUUUAUUUUAUUUUUUUUUUUUAAAUUUUAUAUUUUUUUGACAAAGGUUUAAACAUUAUUUUACAAGCGGUUAAAAA